AUGAAAUGGAUGCGAGCCCGUCGCACCAUGCUGUCGACUAAAACGGGUAUACAUCAUCGAGACGUUGAGAAGUUUGUGGGUUUUUCUGGAACUAGUCCAGAUGUGCAAGGCGGAAUCGAGAACAUUUUAUGUCUUUUGAGGGCAACUGUGAAAGAUCUUUAUAUUGCGAUGUCUGCAAACAGAAGGGAUCUUAUUAAAAACAUCCGCAGCAAGAACAGUCGGUCGAAAAAAAGUGAAGAAGAUGAAUUACUGGUAUUUGGAUAUUCGUCAAAAUUAUUCAAGAACGAUGAGCGUGCAAAUUGGAUUGAAGAAGAGCGGCAUCUGAUUCCUUGGCCUGGUGACCCGCAACUUUUAAUUGAUCGAUACGAUUGUCGGUUGUAUUUAAAUAGUCUGGAUGAGUUUGAUCUUGCGCCAGAAACGGACAGUGGUAUUUCAUCUAUUGAAUGCCCUGCUGAAGCUUUGGAGGAAGAACUGUGCGACGAAGAACGUUAUAGAGAUCUUCAUCAGCAACUUAAGGAGGAAGAGGUGGAAAAAGACAAAAAAAGAGGGGCAGAAGUUGGCUUUACCUAUGAUUGUGAUAAUGAAAAAACAGAAAGCAGUAGCAGCGAAGAGGAAGUUGAAGAACCUUUUGUACCUCCCGAAGAUAUAAAGCUUCCAGUGGGAAUGAAUCUGCCAGAUACAAUGAAGCUGAAUGCCGUAAUUGAAAGAACGGCCACUUUUGUCGUCGCUCAAGGUCCUCAAAUGGAAAUUGUGAUUAAAGCGAAACAACGAGGCAAUUUAGAACAGUUUGGGUUCUUGGAAUUCGACCAUCCUCUAAAUGCUUAUUACAAAUAUAUUUCAAAAAUGAUUCGCGAGAAGAAAUAUAUUCCUAAACAGCAUGUUCCCAAGAAACGCCCCAAACCAAAGAAGUUAAAACGUCUACAGGAAGAAGAAGAAAUGCGGAAGCGUGCUGAAGAGAGUAAAGCCAAAAUAGAAAACUCUGCUCUAGGACUUAUAGCCGAAGCUCAUGGAUCAGAAUCCGAGUCUGAUUCUGAUACAGAUGGUCAUUAUUUACACCCUAUUCUCCUCGGGGGAGGGUCGCAAAAGCAGUCUCGUAGUGAAUCUCCAAUGAUAGGGCCAAAAACACGUGAAGAAGUGAAGGAGAAGGAUACCCCGACUUCAGUUCCUGAGAUUAAAGUGAACUAUGAAUUAGGGAAAGGUAAUGAUAUGUACUCCUCACUCUUUAAAAAUUUGGCAGAUAUUGUUCAGUCUCGUACGUCUACUGCUUCUCAGUUUGGAGAGGAUAUGACUGAAGGCUAUGAAGAAAAUCUUCAGCAAACUGAUGAUUAUGCAGAAUGGUACCUUAAUUUUUAUGGUGAACCACCACCUGUUGCAAAACAGCCCGCUGUACUUCCUCCACCACCUGAUAUAACUCCUCUUGUAAACAGUGCCGCCGAAUAUGUCGCAAGAUAUGGGUGCCAGGCAGAGUACAUGCUGGCGUAUAAAUUCACAGGUCGUAAAGACUCUGGCUGGGAUUUUAUACUUCCGUCAAGUCCUUAUUAUUCCUAUUACCAAUCACGAGUGAGGUAUUUUGAAUGGGUAUAUGCAAUGGAAGCACAUAAGGCUGCAACAGAAGAGGUUGAUAUCUGUGGUUUUUGGUGUCAGCAGUUCGCAGCGAUGAAUGUUCAAAAUAUGAAAACAGGGAUUGCUGAAGCCGUGGGUUCUGAAGCAGAAAGAUUAGCUCAUGGUACUUUUGAAGAAACUGAAGGUUUUUCAUCCGAGAAUGGAAUGCCUCAGAAAGCUCCAUCGCCUACUGGUCCUCCUGUAGUUAUGAAUAGGAAAAUGCGAAGACGAGGAUUUCAUGACCCUCCUAACGAGCAGAACAUGAAGGCUCCGUCGAACGGCGUGGGCUUAGUGGAACCUCCACCUCAGAGCCUUCAGAUCUCAAAAGUACACUCGUCUCCAGCUCUUUUAAAUGAUUCUACAUUAUGUCAGUCUGGUGAUGAUUUUGAAGCAAGGAAAUUGAAGGCCGCAGGUGGCCCGAUUUCCUUUUCUUUGACUACGAAUAAGACAGAAGACGCUAUUCCUCCUUCAGCUAGGUAAUU